UGAGAGGAACUUUGCUCCCCAAGUACGUUGCCUUGGCUGCAGAUACAAUAUGACGUGUUUUGUUGAAAGACUUUUUCAUUUAUUAUAUGGUUUAAAUUACAAUAGGACCUAUAUUGCAAGAGAGGUAUGGUAUGUGGCGAGGCAUUUCGCACCUCAAAGCUGGCAGUGCAAUUUCAAAAAACAACUAAAUACUUACGAUCUUAUUGAAUACCCAGAAUCGGAUAAUAGAGCUUUGAUUAUAUCUAAGGAGUUUGAUAGAAUUUUCAAAAAAGCUGGUGUACCUGAAGACAUGCGUAACAGAAUACAAAGGGAGCUGAUAAAAGGACGGUCUCAUCAUUCCACGUACAAAAGUACAGCGAGAAACAGCAUAAGGAGACUUAUAAUAUCUGAUCGCUACAUUCGACGAAUUCUUGGUCUCAUAUAUUACUAUGAUUACAUCGUAUUCGGCUUUGAUAUGAACAAUGCAAUACUGAGAUAGCU